AUGAGCAAAUUCCGCGCGAGACUGUAUAAGACUGAUCGCGCGAGGGAUUUCGAGCAUGAGCAGGAUCGCCAUGUUCGCACCCGUCAAAUCUACGAAACCAUCGACCGCCAGUCCUUCCAGUGGAUUGUUGUCCUCGUCGCCGGCGUCGGCUUCUUCCUCGAUGGGUAUACCUUAUUCGCAAGCAAUAUCGCCCUUCCAAUGAUUUCCUACGUCUAUUGGCGUGAAGACACCUCUUCCUUCCGACUGACGUGCAUCAACAUCGCCACGCUGAGCGGCACCCUCCUCGGCCAAGUCCUGUUCGGCUAUCUGGCGGACCGCAACGGGCGGAAGAAGAUGUACGGCGUUGAACUGGCGCUGCUGAUUGCGUCGACGCUGGGCGUCGCGAUGUCCUCGGAGGGGACACACGGGAGCAUGAGCGUCUUUGCGUGGCUGAUCUGGUGGAGGAUCAUCGUGGGGAUCGGCGUCGGUGCAGAUUACCCGUUGAGUGCCGUAAUUACGUCUGAGUUCGCACCCACCCGCCAUCGCGCGCGCAUGAUCGCCUCCGUCUUCUUCAUGCAGCCGCUCGGUCAGAUCGCUGGCAAUAUCGUCUCACUGAUCGUCGCCGUCCUGAGCAAGAAGCAGGGACAUGACGAUGUCACACGCGCAGUUGAUAUCAUGUGGCGAUGGGUGGUCGGAAUCGGCGUCGUGCCCGGCGUCAUCGCGACAUUCUUUCGCUUCUUUAUCCCCGAGAGUCCGCGCUUUCUGCUGGAAAUCGAAGACGAUCCGGUGCAGGCCGAGUUCGAUGCCACGACACUGUUCAGCGACCCGGCGCCUCUGUCGAGCCUCGGGUCGCCAGAGAUUGCCGUUGAGGAGGGAUAUCGGUAUCCCGGUUCGGCGUCGACUGCUCUCACUAGUAUGACUACUGCCACGGCGAACCAAUUCAACGAUAUCAACCUCAUUGCCCCAUGGAAUGAAAUCAUACUUCCUGCUCCUGCGCUCCCCGCAACAGCCACAACGAUGGGCACGGGCAAGGGCACGAGUACAGCUGCCGGUCCCGACACAGCCGGCACCGGUGCUGGAGCCCUAACGAUUCGCUCCAUGUCCAUUGACGACUUCACAGACCGGACCCCUUCCCAGUACCACGAUAGCCUCCCUGAAGGCACGUUCCUCACCCCGGCAACGCUCAACAGCCACUGGCGCCUCACCAAGGUCGACAUAACGCAAUACUUCUGGCAUGAGGGCAACUGGCGCACCCUGCUCGCCACGUCGCUCUCCUGGCUGCUCCUCGAUUUUGGCUUCUACGGUAUAGGUCUCUCCUCGCCCCAGUUUCUCGCGAAGACCUGGGACAGUCUCAAACUCUCCGGUCCCGCCCCGCCCUGGAUGACAGACGACACCGGCGCAACUGAUAUAUACGACAUGUUCCGCGACACGAGCAUCCACUGCCUGAUCAUCCUCAAUAUUGGCAGUUUCGUCGGCGGGGUCCUGAUGCUGCUGACUAUCCACAAACUCGAACGCGUCUCGCUGCAGAAAUACGGCUUUCUAGCGCUAGCAGCCCACUUUAUCGCGCUUGGAACCAUGUUCAUCACCGUGCACAAGGAGGGCCCCGUCGCGGUGACGCUCUACAUUAUCGGGCAGAUCUUGUUCAAUUUCGGGCCCAACACGACAACUUACAUGAUCCCUGCUGAGAUCUUCCCAACACGAUACCGCGCAACGUGCCACGGGAUCAGCGCGGGCGCGGGAAAGCUCGGCUCGAUAUUGAUUCAGCUGCUCUCGGCGUAUUAUAAAUUCGGCACGGGGCCCGGCAAUGAGCAGACGGUCCGCCAUGGGUAUAUGUUGAUCGUGUUUAGUGCGUGUAUGGUUAUUGGGGCGGCGGUGACGCAUUUCUGGAUCCCGCCGACGCAGAGAAAGAGCAGUGAUGGGAGGGCGAAGCUUUGGGGAGGCAAGGCGGAGACGCUAGAAACGCUCGGGCUUGGGAGAAGAGGGUGGAAGAGUCGGUUUGCCGGUGUGAGAAGGUGA